GGACAUGAAAGCUCGAGUUUCAAAUGAAUGAAUGAAGGAAAGAACUCAGAGUUCCUGAUGGCCCCUUUAGCGGCGUGACAGACGGGCUUUUGGGAGGAAGCUAGUUAUUCUAUGUUAAGUCAAAAAGCGGGUCCAGAGCUCAUUGUUAACAGCAGCUGCUUCCUGCCUGCAGGUCAUUAUUUCCAACAGGGCCCAUAACAAGGCGUUCACGUGGCGAGCUCUGAAGACGACUAACGGAGUUUUCUUUGGUGCCGUUUCUAUUUCCGCAGCCGACUGCACAAAGAGGCAGUUUGACGCCAACGCGCGUCGUGUUCAUGUCAAUGGAUUUGUCCAAUUUGGACGUGGAGGGUUGCUGGCUGAUGAGGUCGUUCAGCGGGGAAGGUUGACCUCUGUGAGAGAACACAGAGAUGCUGUCAAAGCACAUCCAGCAUCUGUUUACUAUGUAGAGCGUAGUCUGUCGCUGUGCUGGUUCCCCCGAUGAAAAGCUUUUUCACGCGGCCGUUCUGGGUUUUUAAAGUGAACAGACGUCUCGGCUUUUCCGUCAGAUCAAUCCGAUCCUUGACCCCUGAAGACCUGAGCUCUCAUUGGACCAUUUUCAUUUCUCUGACAUGGCUCCAGUUAAGCAGAAUUACACCAUAGUCUGGCUGAAUACUCGAUUCUCAUUGGAUGCUGCGUGUGCAUUGAAAAGUGAUAACCGCACGUCUAAAAAAGAAGUUCCGGUCACAUAGCGUAAAUGUUUUGUAUCACUGCUUUGGCUACUUUACCCGUUACUUAACCUCUGUGGUAAUUUAAUUGUGACGUCCACGUCACCUGGACGCCAGGUCUGAAGGGGUUCAUUUUCUACAUUUACCCUUUGAAAAAGAGACAUUCAUUACAAAUAACAUGAAAAAUAAAGUGAUCAGAUGUGCAAUAGGAAUCAGGUUACAGGACAGAAAUGAAGCAUGAAAAUCUUUUUAGUUACAUGUGUUCAGAUAAAUGAGCUGCUGUUUUUCCAGCUUCUUCCCUCUUUGCUCGAGAUGAAACAGCUCUGCUCCAAUGAAGUUCUCUCUUAUUUUACUCUAUGUUGAACCAGCAUGUGCACACAUCCUCACACAGCCUUGUGUUGACAUUCAGUAAUAAGAUGCAUUUUUUGUCCUGCAGGAGCACCAGAUUUAGAAACGGGACACUAAUAAGCUCCUUAACUUUCCCACAGUACUCGUCGCCUCAGAAGCUGAAAUGACUGAUCUUGGGAAGCAGGUGUGCGUUUGUGAGUGGGCGUGGCUGACGGGGGUUUACGCUUCUGUCCAGGGUGUACUGGUAUAAAAGACAGGACACUGGUCGUGCUUGACCACCUUCCACUUCCACGUUGCUGGAAAAGAUCCAGAGGAAUUCAUGAUAAAUCCUAAAAGCCAUACAAGAAUUUCCAUAAAUAGACGUUUGUCUUUGCUGCUUUUUGGCUGCAGUUCGUCUCCGUCAGUGUUUCAGCUGAAGCUCCAUCCAUCAGACCCUCAAAGUAUGUCUAGGAUUCCUGUGUUUCCUCGCAUGUCCUUCCUGUUGCUUUGCAUUAUGGGUAUGAUCUCCAUGGUGUCUGGCUUUCCUCAGACUCGUCUCCCUCUCAGCUCUGAGGAUCCAGAGAAUCCAAAGCAGGAUGAAUGGGACGUGGUCUUCCCUUCCAUUUCCCUCCACGACUGGAAUAUUCAAAUGCUGUCACCGCCGAGCGUCCGAGCGGCGGCCAGUAAGACGGGCCUUUUGAGGGAGGCGUGGCUUUUCACCCCAGAGAGGACGGACUCCAGCAUGGACGGGAUGUGGCCGCCCGAGUGGACAUCUGACGGCGCCCGGCUGCUUAAGAGGAACAUGGUGGUGGCCGACGACGCCGCCUUCAGAGAGAAGAAUAAACUCCUGACGGCCAUGGAGAGGCAGAAGUGGCUCAACUCCUACAUGCAGAAGCUUUUGGUGGUUAAUUCUUAAAGAGCUCCUUCUGAAACUAGUUGCUGAAGAUUUCAGUGGUUAACGCCUUUAAAGGACAGUUCAGAUGCGGUUCGGAGUCCCAAGCGUUUGGAGCCAACGCCGCCUCUCGUUCUCCUGAGAGGCUGUUUGCAUGAGCAGACGUGCUGACUGCACACGGCACAGGAGCUCCUCGUCUCUAAUAAAAACUAUGUUUGCUAUUCCUGUUAAUAAAUUCUUGUGUGCAAUAA